AUGUCUUCACACGAUGUCAUUCACAUUACUUUCAUAAGUGAACAACAACUGUCACACAGAGCCAUAGCUAUGAAUUGGUGGCGGGCGAAGUCCCGAGGCUACGAGAUAAUUGUCCAGCCUACAGAUGCUAACGAGAGGAUCGAGCGUGGUAUCAUGUAUCACCAUAACCUACUAUACCAUAGCCAGGUCAAUAUGAGUCUUCUGCGAGACUCUCCGGUGAACCCGAUUAGCGCCGUCAAAAGUCUCGAGUCAGCGCCGCGUGCUGCCGAUCACGUUGUUCGGACUCAGAGAUGCCGUCCAGCGACGAUAAGGUCCUCCGGGUCGGGCGCUACAGAUUGGCAUGCAGAGACUGUACUUUGUAGAGAGAGCCGAAUUUGCGAGUCAGCAAAGGUUUGCGUAGUGCGUGGCAUGACAGCAGCCAGCCGCGAAAGCCGAAUGGAGGAAGAACGUGGCAUGCAUGCGUCGUUCCCGAACGGAAUUGACCCAGACGACUCAAUCAGUUGCUUCCAGGCCCAUAGUUUAGGUACAUCAUUGGAUGCUCGUAUGGCGUGCACGAGGGUGCUUGCAUGCUGUGAGGAUGCCGCGGAAUACAUUUCCGAAGUCGGCCUCCACCGCAGUAUGAGAGGCAAAUAUUUAGAGAGUGAGAGAGAGAGCGCGAGCUUGAGCACUGAGCCAGAGAGGCUUUUGAUCCGGAACAAGAGGGCGCUCUCGUCCUUGAGAAAUAUUGGCAAGGUUUACAGAUGUUUGCUCACACGGCCUAUAGAAGAUCCUAGCAACGAGGGCACAAAGGCGAGCCCAAUUGUUUCGACGCGCACGACGUUUGACAACCUGGCGCCCAAAGCCUCGUUGCAGUCCGCCCAGGGGGGCCCUGAAAGCCCGACAGAAACACCAUUGAGCGGGCUGCAGUCUCAAUAUUGGGAUCCGAGCUCAAAAGGGGCUUACACACCAUCCACCCACCAAUCAACCAUAGGGUCCAAAGGACCCGCAUUCUUGAUGGGCCAGUGCACUGUGACAGCCCUGGAUGAAGAAUGGACUUCACCGCCAGAUACUUGA